AUUUCAAACAAAUCUAUUUUAAUAAAACAUUAAUUUUCUUAUUUUAUUUGUGAAUUACUAUUUGUUUGAUGAGUUUUGCGUACAUUUUGUGGUCAGUGGUGAGUCUGUUGGCCGUUGUUAGUGGGAAACAGUCGGUCCCUAAACUGCCAAAAGCGACGGAUUUGUUGUUUGGACAGUUGGGUCACACGAGUCAGUAUCCGAUAAUCGCCAGUUGUUUCGGGCAAAUACAUGAAAACAUGACUGAUUGUAACCUGAAAGCUGAACAAAGGACCAUGGUGAUGGAAAAGGGCAAUAAUUUGGAAGCCGAUAACGAGUGGACCCGUAGUGUCAAGUGUUGCGACAUAUGGCGACUGAGGGACUGUUAUGUGUCAUAUGGCCAGAGACACGUGACCUGGAUGCCCUAUGUAAGGACUACACACCUGAGUCGUGCCACAGGGCCGACAUGGGGUUUCCUUGUGUUGGGUGUCAUAUGUGGUUAA